AUGCCGUCCACAUCUACGAGUGUUGCCUACUGCUCGGCGCUAAAUUGUUUCAAUCGCCAAUGUAAGCGACCCGACUUAUCUUUCUUCAGAGAGUCUGUGACCUUGGACUUGGAAACAGCGUGUUGGAAACUCGAAGUGUCCAAGGAUCGGAAGAGCGUGAAGUGGACCGGGACCCAGAGCAGUCUCUCCGACAACGUGAAGAGGUUUACAGUCUGGCCUUGUGUGCUGGGAUCGGAGGGAUUUACCUCGGGGAGACAUUACUGGGAGGUGGAGGUGAAGGAGAACUGGGGCUGGUGUCUGGGAGUCGCCGCCGAGUCUUUGGCCAGGGAGGGAGAGAUCAGCCUGAGGCAGGUGACUGAUCUCUGGUCCGUGGAGCAAGUUGGCGACGAGUUUCGUGUGAACUCCUUGCCGAAAUCCCGUCUCCUCACCGAUCCCAUCCCUGAGAGGCUGGGAGUUUAUCUCAGUUACGAGGCAGGGACGGUCUCAUUUUACAGCGCGGACACCAAAUCCCAUCUCCACACCUUCAGUGGGAAUAAGUUCACGGGGAAACUGUACCCUUUCUUCUGGACUUGGGAUGAAAACCAGUGUCUGAGAAUCUGUUCCGGGUCCACUCUAGAUCUGUAAAUGUCUUUGGUCCCGGGUCCAAAGUCAGGAACAACUUCUAUUUCAAGGUUCCUUGUCACCUUAACA